UUCCAGUCCUUCUUUGUAUUUUUCCUUUCUUUCUGUCGUUGCUGAUGUCGGACAUCGAGCUAUUGAACGUUAGGGCCUCGGACGCUGGCGUCGAUGUCGGCGGUGGAACCAACGCGUCGUCCCGCGAGCUGCUCUUCACCGCCUGCAAGUCCGGCGACCUCAAGCUGCUGAAGGAAUGCCUGGCCGUGUUCAAGCCCGCGCAGAUCGUGACCAUGCUGGACGACGACGGCUGGGGUCCGUUCCACUUUAUUGCAAUGAAGGGUCACCUCGAAUUGGCCAAGGCGAUGGUUGCGCACGGCGUUCCUGUGGACAUUCGCGACAAGUAUGGCACGACGCCAAUGUACCGUGCUGUUGGUUUCGGUCAUCCCGAAAUGGUCUACUACCUGGUGGCCAAUGGUGGCAAUGUUCAUCAUCUCAAUGACGCCGGCGACAACAUGAUCCACAACUCGGGAUGGGCUGGCGGUGUCGAGUUGACUCGAUUCUUCAUUAGCAAGGGUGUGUCGCCGACCGCCAAGGACAAGGCCAAUCAUCUGGGCUUGAUGGACAUGAUCAAGACCAUGCCAAAUGUCUGCGGAGAGUUUUUCGACUCGCGCGUCAAAGUGCUCGACAAGUACUUGCUCGCAGUGCAUUCCGAGUACGAUUUUGAUGGCAUUGACGACCAGGACGAUGAUGUCAAGGAGAUUACCCCGCUUGAGAUUAUCGUGAAAAAGUCCAACCACGAUCUCAUUGGCCAUCCUCUCAUCCGCAAGCUGUGCCAGUGGAAGUGGGAAACGUUCGCGCGCAGCUACUUUUUGCGCCAGUUCUUCUCCUACCUGUUUGCCUUGGCCUGCUUGACCUACAUUUGCAUCUCCAUCAUUGCCUACCCAGGAACCGUCCUCUACAUUUAUGACGACCCGCAAACCUACGUUCGUGGUAUUCUCGAAAUCAUUUUCGUCCUGUUCGUGUUUCUGCAGGUUUACAACGAGACGCAAGAGUUCAUUGACGCCGGUCGAGACAUUGUGCGUGUGCCCAGCGGUCCCGCAGGCUGGAUUCUGCGAAUCAUCUUCCCAAAGGCGGUCGACCCAGCCCUUGUGAAUGCCGCUGCUGUUUCCAUUCCGCGCUACUUCCGCGAUCUUGGCAACGUUUUCGAUCUCAGCACGUACUUGAUGGUCAUUGUUGAUCUGGGCUUCCGCAUCGCCAACAUUGUGGCGUACAAGAACGGCGAUCCCCCGAAGGUCGGUGCGCUGUACGAGUACAAUGUUCUGGCCAUCAUUUCUGUUCUGUUCUGGACCAAGUUUUUGCGCAUUGCCGCCCUGUUCAAAUCCACUGGUCCCUUGAUUGAGACCAUCAAGCGCAUGCUGAUCGAUUUGAUCAUCUUUAUGGCCAUCUUCACCGUCUUCCUGAUGGGCUUUUCCAUCUCGUUCUUCCUGCUCCUGUCGCCCGAGGUUUCUCCUCCGAUUGCCGCGGCUGGCACACCCGACUAUGAGAGCUUCCAGCAGUCGUUGCUGACAGUGUUUUUGGGUCUUGUUGGCCAGCUGAACACGGAUCCCUUCCGCCUGGCAGACAAGUCCGUGGCCUACAUUGGCUACGUUGUCUACAUUAUCAUUUCCAACAUUGCCUUGCUGAAUUUGCUCAUUGCCAUGCUCAGCAACACGUAUGCCACUGUCAAGUACGUGUCGGACUUGGAGUUUUUGCUCGUGCGUGCCCGUUACAUUUUGGCCGUGCAAAAGUCUCUCGGCAAGGCUCGCGUGCGCAAGAUCCUCGCCGCCGACUUGAAGAAGCGAAAGGCUCAGGCGCGCAGCGUGACCAAGGAGAACAACACGCCCGAGGCCGAGCUCACUACCACCGACAAGUACUCUGAGUGGAUCAAGCUGAAGGAAACGGAAGAGCCUCGCGAAGUCAACUUGCAGCUGCUCCGUGACGAUCUGCAAAAGAUGUCCAACCUGCAGUUCGAAGAGGUGCACGCCGCUUUCGACAAGCUGUCGGACACGAUCAAGUUGUUAAACGAGCGCAUCGAUCUUUUGGUUGCCAAAUAAGCGACCGAUCGACGACAGAAUUGUUGCGAGUUGUUGUUGUUGUUUUUUGAAAGUUGGUGCGUUCUUUGUUCUUUGUUCUUUCAGUGCCCAACUUCAAGUUUGUGCUGAGAUUCUGUGCUUGCUGCUUUUGCUGCAUGUCACUGUUGCUUUUUGUCUGAUACACAUCUGUUAUCGCCGA